AUGGCACCUCUCGCACAUACCGAGCCUAUCAUCCUGCGCUUACCCAUCGAGCUCUUACUCCUUAUCCGCUCAUUCAUCCCUCUGCAUUCCGCCAAGACCCACAUUGCCUUCCAGUCCAGCUGCGGCGCCAUCCGUGCCAUUUACCAGGACGAUGAGCGCUUCUGGGCCAAGGUCUGCUUGGCGUCCGGCGUAGGCCAUCCUCGUUACCAACCAGAGCAUCCACUCCAGAACGCGCCGUGGAGGGAGCUGGCGAUCGCCACGACCAACCAUCGUCUCAAAUGUCCCUUUCCGCCUUGCCGCGACAACUUCCAUCUCGGAACGGAUGAUGUCUCAGGUCCGGUACUGUCUCCCACAGUCGUGCAGCGGGACAAAAUCGCGUGCGAGGGGUUCCUCACCUGGUUUGAAUUCGACAUGGAAUACUUUGAGCUGAACAGGAUCUACAACUGCGAAGCUUCUAACACGCGCGGCGGGCCAGUCACAAACUUCUACGAAGACCACAACGUGCUCGCCUGCACGUUCGCGACCAACCCGCCGUUGUUGCUUAUCAACAUAGAUAUCCUGGGCAUAGACACCGUCGCCGUCACGAAUCCCGGCGGGGUCACCGUGGGGGACGUCUUCAAGAUUAUGUACGACGCGUUCAUCUCCACGCCCUCGUUCACACUCUCGGAAUUCGUAUCGCUGUAUCGCACCAACCGCGAAUUGUUCACCUGCUUCAUCAAAUUCGACUGGUUGGAAACCACCACGCUUCAGAAAGUCUUGGAUCACGCGCGACUGCUAGAGUCUCAAGGCGAGAUCACAGAUCCCCAGAUGCUGCAAUAUAUGGAGACAAUCGAGGCAGCAUUCGGAGGCUUUGCCCAGAACGUUGCGGUCGCAGAUGUCUGGCAACUGCUCCACACGGGUACGUGGACGAUCGAGAGGCUCAUCAAGCGCUUUGCCGAGAUGAUACCGUGUGUCCGCAAGGAGUCUUGGUUUACUGACUUGGAGAUGCACCAGGACAUGACCGACAUCGUGCAGCACCUGCAAUUUUGUGGAUUGAAGCAGACCGCCCCAGGUUCGGUAAAGUUCGUGGCGCAAUGGCAGUAUGAUGGCGACGAAGAAGACGAUUGA